CCACUAUCUAAAAGUUCAGCUUCUGAAAAGGAGAUAGAACUGGAUGCUUUAGAGUUGAACAUCGUUUUGUUGUAAGAAUUCAUUUUGCUAUUCCAUGAUGAGUUUGAGUUGUUGGAAGAGACUUUUUCCAACUGCAUAUCAUAACUGGACUCAUUUACUUAUUCAACCUGCAGUUGCACAAGGAAAUAAACAAAGUGUACGAAGACUCAAUCUUCAUGAAUAUCAAUCACAACAACUUUUAUCCAAAUAUGGAAUCCAAGUUCCCAAAAGCAAAGUAGCCAAGACUGUAGAAGAAGCAAAGAAAGCAGCUGAAGAAAUUGGCAACGGCAAUCCAGUCGUUAUUAAGGCUCAAGUAUUAGCAGGUGGUAGAGGAUUGGGUCAUUUUUCCAAUAACUUUCAAGGUGGAGUUCAUAUAGUGGAAACUCCUGAAAAGGCUGCACAAGUUGCUUCCCAAAUGUUGGGACAAACUUUGAUAACCAAACAAACAGGACCUCAAGGAAAGCCUUGUCAUUCGAUAUUGAUUGCUGAAAAGAUUGCUUCCAAGAAGGAAUUGUAUUUGGCACUUACUUAUGAUAGAACGGUACAAGGACCAGUUGCUAUUGUAAGUAGUCGUGGUGGAACUUCGAUUGAAGAUAUUGCAAAGGAAGAUCCCAAUGCUAUUAAGACUAUAACUUUAGAUAUUCGAAUGGGUAUGACUGAAGAGAAGACCAAACAAGUGAUACAAGGUUUGAAUAUCUCUUCUAGUUUACAACAACAGGCUAUGGAUCAAGUAAAGAAGUUGUAUCAAUUCUUUUAUGAUAAGGACGUUAGUAUGUUGGAAAUCAAUCCUUUGGUAGAAACCAAUGAUGGUCGACUUGUUUGUGUGGAUACUAAAGUGAACUUUGAUAAGAAUGCCGAUUUUCGACAAGCAGAUAUAUUUGCUAUGAGAGAUAUCACACAAGAAGAUCCUCGAGAAGUAAGAGCUGACCAAGUUGGUUUAAAUUAUAUUGGUUUAGAUGGAAGUAUUGGAUGUUUAGUGAAUGGAGCAGGAUUAGCUAUGGCAACCAUGGACGUUAUCAAGUUGCAUGGAGGUAAUCCUGCAAACUUUUUGGAUGUGGGUGGAAGUGCAACAGAAGAACAAGUAACCGAAGCAUUUAAAAUACUUACAGGAGAUCAACAUGUGAAAGCUAUUCUAGUGAAUAUAUUUGGAGGUAUUAUGCGUUGUGAUGUGAUUGCUCAAGGAAUUGUUCAAGCGGCACAUAAUAUUUCAUUAAAUAUUCCUCUAGUCGUUCGUUUACAAGGCAAUCAAGUGGAACAAGCCAAAGCUAUAUUAAAGCAGUCUCAACUUGCUGUUAUUGCUGCGGAUGAUUUGGAAGAAGCUGCAGAAAAGGCUGUACAAUCUGCGAAACAAACUAUUCGAGGCUAAUCUUCAUAUGUUAAAGAAAUGGAAUUCCACUCCAAACUUUGGUUUGAUAUUCCUUAUAAGAAUGACCAUAAAAGCGUAUGAGAGUAUUUUCUUCGAAAGUUAUUCGGUUUUGAAAGAACUUCCAACUAAGAAUGGCAAAAAGUAGACAAGAAAUAGGAUUGACCAACAUAACUUGUGUUCCUAUGCACCAUAUAAACCAACCACAAUAAGCAGGAUGUCUCAUCCAUCGAUAGAUACCUUUGGUGACUAGUCUGUGAUGGGUUUCCUUCUGGGUACGUAUGCGAUGACUAAAACAGGAACCUAAAGUCAACAUACCCCACUUCCUAAUUACUUCACCAAAGACGACAAGUACAAUUCCAACUAGUCUCCAAUAUUUCUCAUAUUCUGAUUGUUUUCCAAAAAAGUAUAGUCGUAACCCAUAUUCCAUAGUAGCCAACAACAUAGCGCUUAUAUAAGGAAUACUUAACAAAGUGGAACUCCAAGAUAGCUCUUUUCGACAAUAUAUAUAAAUAAAUAGCCACUCUGUUAU